GACCAGCAUUUGGCUUAAAUUUAUAUGGUAGCAACAACAAUGGUAAACAAAACAAGAAGAGCAGCAGUAAUGGCGUAAAUAGCAACAGCAACAAUAACUCGAAGGGCAAUAACGGCAAACAGCUGAGCAAACCCACCGCAAUGGCUGUUAGUCACGUACCGGCGUUUGUAAGCCGUAGCGGUGGUGGCAUCAACAAUAUUUACACUAGCAACAACAAUAAUGGUGGCAAUGGUAAUAGCGCCAAUGACAGCGGCGACCACAACGCAAAAUGUGAUGCUGCUACAAAAUUAGCACCAACAACAGCGAAAUCGGCGGAGAAAACAACUGCAACAGCAACAGCAACACCUAUGCAAACAGGAUGUGGCGUUGGCCCGGCGAGCAUGUCAACAGCGUUCAUGUCAAUGACAGUAGCGGCAAAUGUCCGCGAAACCACAAAACCACCAACAGUUUCAGGGUCUUCUGGCAUGCACUAUCCAUCAGCCGAGAAUAAUUACUCCACCAACUCGAACAGCAUCUGCAGCAGUCUAGCCAGCGCGCAAGAUACGCUGUGGCGUGUGAAAAUGGCUGCUUCACAGCAACACUCCUCGGCGGCGGCGGCGGUGGCGGCGGCGGCUUCUGGCCAAAUCUACAUUGAACAAACGCCCGGCUCGGUGACGUAUGGCACUUGUCUGGAUCCGCUGACGCAAUGCGUCGUUGACUAUGUCGGAUAUCCGGUGCCACCGCCACCGCACAUAACGCAAGCAUCCGGCACAGCGGCGGCGGCGUCUUCAUCAACGACGGUGGCAACGUCUACGCCUGGCAAUUGCGGUAGCCCACACGAUUUUUCAAAUAUCAGCAGCCACAGUAUGGGUGCGCCAGCCAGCAACAAUUUGAGCGUUGUCAGCCAAGCCGUCAUUGGGGAAAGUAGCCGGCGACAAGAGUACGCGGACGAGCUGCAACAGUUGCAAGAACAGUACGAGCAACAGCAACAGCAGCAGCAUCAGCUACAGCGGCAGUCACCGCCACAGCCGCCACAACGUUUUGGCACACUGAAAAAAUCGCGACAGCAGCAACAGCGAAUGGAACAGCAGCUAG